AUGGCGACACUGGAUCGCAAAGUGCCCAGUCCGGAGGCUUUUCUGGGCAAACCGUGGUCCACUUGGAUCGACGCCGCUAAAAUACACUGCUCCGACAAUGUAGAUUUAGAAGAGACUGGAAAAGAGGGUGGAAAAAGCAGGGAGGUUAUGAGGCUAAAUAAAGAGGGUAAGUCUGCUACCGCAUGUGCCAGAGCGCCGUCAGCGCCAGUCUAUACCUGCUAUGUCUUUCAAUGGGAUUGUUGGUCUGUACAACAUGGCGGCCGCUGUCAGGGGUGCUUGUGUGUAUGUUGCGGUGGAACUGUGUGA